UUUUUUACUAUUUAGUUUCACAGAAAUUCAUUAAAAUGUCAAAAUCCAAUAGAAAUAUUAGGAAAUCAAUUUUUGAUAGAUUAGGAAAUAAAGAAGUUGUUAUAUCAGAUGAUUCAAAUGAUGAAGUUGUAAAUUUUGUGCCACACAAUCCUCCUGCAAAUUGGAAAGAAAGCCACUUUCAUGGAAGGAAUCCAACGCCUGGACACUAUCCUGAACAGACUGUGGGCAGGAAUGCUUUACCACAUCCUUCUCAGUCCAGCUAUAACCAGACUAACACUAUGGACUAUUCUACGUAUUGCAAUUUUAACAUGAGCGCAAUUGGAUAUCAGCCACAGUAUAUGUCUGGUAAUGGGACACAUUUUGGAAUAUCAAAUGUAAACAAUUCGUCCAAUUAUGGCUACUGGAAUAAUCAAUCAAUGGGUCAGGCAAGUGCUGCUGUUGAUCCAGUUCUUCCAGUAUUAGCCACUGUUGUAAGCAACCCAAAGAAGAGCCUUCCAUUCGAAAAGCAUGCAAGGCCAGUUAAAAGGGUUAAACUUUCCAAGCUCAAAGAUGAUUCUGAACCUCAGCUGGAUGAUGAUGGAAAUGAGCCUGUGGAUGGCUUCAUGACACUCACUCCAAAGGGGUGCUCUCCAAACUCUCUGGUCUGCCGCAUCAAUGAAGACCUGCGGUCAAAGUUUGGGUACUCAGGACGGCCUGUCACAUAUUCACGCUUUUGCCAGCAUUUCCACACACUCAAGUUUCCGGGCCACUGGGUGUUGAGCCUAGUUGUUCGCAACAUCAACCCAAUAAAGGUUGGUGAACAUUCGGUUUACAUUUCAAAAAUCGAGCCAAAAAGAUGCCCUGACCCUGCUCCUAAGCCUCUCAUAACUUCACCUGCCAAGAAUUCCCGACCCAAGUUGAUGAAGAAUGAUAGCAAGGCUGAAAUUCUUAUAGAUUUAGAGGAGCAACCUAAGCAAGACAAAGAGCAACUUGUUCCAUCAGAAGCAAGCGUCAGUUCAGGCUCUAAAAAGAGAAAAAGAAAAACAAGGGGCGUGGAGGACGAGCUUGUGGUGAACCGCCCUCGUGGAGUGUUUCCUGGAGGCGUGCAGCCUCAUUCUAUAGUCGUCUUGGUGGAUGAAAAGGCACCUUACAUUGACACUAAUUAUCUCACUUCUAAAGGCUUAAAAGUCAUCAAUGGACGAAAUUUGAGCGCCAUAGAUUACAUUGAGCUCAUUAACAAAAACAAGGAAUGGUGUAAGGAAGGAGUUCUUUUUGUUGUUGUCCCGUGGCUGGCUUUCAUGUUGAAACAUUUUGAAUUGUUUCCAUCCAUGCUGGAAUCUAGUGCAAGUGAUUCGUUGGAUGAAAAAUUGAAGAAUAUUACUAAUGAAACGGAUUCGCUAAAGAAACACAAGUUUGCUCUUCUCAACCUAGCAAAAGAUUUCCAAACUCAGCUCCAUCCUCAAGACUUGAGUACUCUUACUUCCACUGAUUCAACAACCAGUUGGAAAAAUUCAGGUCGGCCUGGCAGCGACGGCGACGUACCGUACGCGCGUCGCGUGCUCAUGCAGCACGUGCUGUCCUCAGCGCUACUGCUGCGUAACGUCGUCCGCAGCUCUCAUGACAACAGCGACGUUGUCUUCUGUGGCUUCCCUGUGCACGCCAUGAGCCCCUCUGGAGCUUGGAGGCUCUUCAAGGAAAUCCCGGGCUCUUCCGAGACCCAAGUGUCGGCAGUGUGCAGCCAUGUUCUGGCGUCCAUAUACGCCUUCAACGAGUUUGCAGCCAACACUUGGAAGCUUGGCUACGUCUCUAAAAUCCCAUCCUUCAAUUCAGCUCCCGAGCCUCUACCCGCAGAACCUGAAAGACGUUCGUCGUCACCUGAAACUGAGAUCGAAAUUUUGUCCGAGUCUCAAAACUCUGAUUUCGACGUUGAGGAUCGAACAUCUCGAAAGAAAUGUGCCCCGGCUCAUAGGACUAUUAUGCCUAUAACGCUAGAUGAUGAAGACGUGACUAUAGCUGGCGAUAUUAAAAAGAGAACUACAAACCAUGCGGCGGUUACACAAGAACAAAGCAAAUCGGUUCCGAAGAAGAUGAAAGAUUCCAAGGAGGUCGAAGAAGUUCUAGUCUAUGAUUCCAAUUCAGGGUCAGACAAACGUGUUGGUCAUGUUGCCAGCAGGCGUGACACGCGCCAAAGUACUGGCCAUAGAUCUAAUAAAAGUGCGUUAGACAAUUCUUCUGCGAAGACUUUGCAUUCAAAGCGGAAUACCGAGCCAUCUCUCGGUAAAGAAACGCUCUCAAAGGAUGAAGAGGAUUGCAAUAUUCUUUGCAUUGACAACACUGAAGUAUUUGAAGACGAAGAGGAUCACACUGAUGAAGAAGACAUUAAAAUCAUUGAAGAAACGCAUAAUUGCUCAACUAAUAGCUCGUCACAACAAACGCCUGGCAAUUCUUAUCAGAAAAAGAAGCUCCAACACCCCAAUCCUAGAAAAAAUGUAUCCGACAAGCCGGUGGUUGCAGCCAGCAUUGCAACCACCCUCAGCAGUGAGAGUUCUGAUGAUGAUGACUCUGACACCGAGGCUCUGUACUCUCUUGAUGAAUCAUCACAAGAAACGCACUACAGAAGUCUCCCUCUAACGCGGCUCAUCGGCCACCGCUGGUUUGGUAAGCGCAGGAAGCUAAGAACCAAAGAGGACCGGCAGGAUGGUGCCGGUCUACGCCGACCGAGCGGUUAUGUCAACCGCAACACUGAAGAUGCAUCCAGGUGGUUCAUGGAGAAACUGCAGCAGCUUCUCAAACUCAGCUCGGACUUCGCGAGAAAUAGAGGCUCCAUGGUUCCCUGGGAAACUCCAGGCUCUGCUUUAGUUGAGGGCGAAGAGCUUCCGGGAGCCGUGCGUGAGAGCCUCCGUGUGGGGGUGUACAGUGCACAGGACAGUGAACAGCAGACGUGCGUAUACAGAUGCUUGGUGUGCUGCGUGGUGGUGGGUGACGCCGUAGCCGCGGACCAGCACGCCUACACGUGGCCGCACUGCGACGCUCUGGGCAGCGCCGCGGGGCUGGACACCGCCUCAGCGGACCUGCUGCUGGGUCGCAGUCCUAUCGAGGGCGCCGUGCCGCUAUCUCAAGAUAUUAGCGCUGAGGCUCCUAAGGUAGUAUAA